GAUCACCAGUGAAUUCGAUCUGGAAACUUGGUAGUGCCAAAUCGCCCAAACAAGUUCAGUACUCCACUGCUACGGCACGCAGCGGCUCGACGGCAGGGCACCAACACAGCAGCUACACCAACAGCCUUCCUUCGCCUGCUCCCCCAACUCCACUGCUCCGCUGAGCCGCCAUGGCGGAGCUCGAGGCCGGGUCCAUCUCCAUGGCGGCCGGGGGCGGCGGCCGACUCCGGAACGCCCUGAGCGGCAUGCUGUGUGCUUUCGCCCUCCUCCUUAUCGGCGUCCUUGCCUUCUCCAUCCGCCUCUUCUCAGUGAUCAAGUAUGAGAGCGUGAUCCACGAGUUCGAUCCCUACUUCAACUACCGCGUCACUCAGUUUUUGUCAAAGAGUGGAAUCUACGAGUUUUGGAACUGGUUUGACGAUCGAACAUGGUACCCCCUCGGACGUGUUAUUGGCGGCACCGUCUAUCCUGGUUUGACACUGACGGCAGGCACGAUAUGGUGGUUGCUAAACUCCCUCAACAUCCCAUUGUCGGUGGAGACUGUCUGUGUGUUCACUGCUCCGAUUUUUUCGGCAAAUGCUUCCUGGGCAACUUAUCUGUUGACAAAGGAAGCGAAGGGUCAUGGGGCUGGUUUAAUGGCAGCAACUAUCUUAGCUAUGGUCCCCUCAUACAUCUCAAGAUCUGUUGCAGGCAGCUACGAUAACGAAGCUGUAGCAAUAUUUGCUUUAAUAUUCACAUUUUAUCUAUAUGUAAAGACACUAAACACGGGGUCACUCUUUUAUGCAACACUUAAUGCUCUCUCUUACUUUUACAUGGUAAGUUUUUCUUCGAAAAUGUUUAGAAUAGCUACAAGUUUCAGAAAAUUCUUCACAUUAUACUGCAUUUCCGCUUUUCAGGUCUGUUCCUGGGGAGGCUACACAUUCAUCAUCAACCUUAUCCCAAUGCAUGUUCUCCUGUGUAUUGUAACUGGUCGUUAUUCUUCACGACUUUACGUUGCUUAUGCUCCCCUUGUUGUACUGGGAACACUUCUGGCAGCAUUGGUACCUGUGGUUGGUUUUAAUGCAGUAUUGACAUCAGAGCACUUUGCAUCAUUUCUGGUGUUUAUAAUCCUCCAUGUGGUUGCUCUUGUGUAUUACAUCAAAGGACUUUUAACUCCUCGGCUGUUCAAAGUGGCCAUGACAUUUGUACUAACGGUUGGCUUAGCCCUUUGUCUCGCUGUAGUAGCAAUACUUGCUGCAUUGGUCGCAUCUAGCCCAACAAAAGGUUGGAGUGGGCGCAGUUUGAGUCUACUUGACCCAACAUAUGCAAGCAAGUACAUCCCUAUCAUUGCUAGCGUGAGCGAACAUCAACCACCUACCUGGCCUUCUUACUUUAUGGCUAUCAAUGUGCUAGCCUUCUUAGUUCCUGCUGGGAUCAUAUCAUGCUUCUUACCUUUAUCUGAUGCAAGCUCAUUUUCGGUCUUGUACUUGGUAACUUCAGUAUAUUUCUCUGGGGUAAUGGUACGACUGAUGCUUGUUCUUGCCCCUGCCGUGUGCAUUUUGUCUGGGAUUGCUCUGUCAGAAGCUUUUAACGUCCUCACACGAUCGAUGAAAUUUCAGCGCCCAAUAUCAGAUGAUACCCUUCCUACUGCAGGAGAUAGUACCCCAGGGAGUUCCAGUACAGCCACUAUCACAACUUCCACGAAAAAUGCGAACAUAAAAAAAGAAAAAAUGGGGACUAUUUCAAAGGAAAGAUCAUCAAAGAAGAGUCGGAAGGAAACAGAAUUGGUGGGAAGUUCUCCUGUUAGGCCCGAAAAGGAGGAGAAGCUUUGUGUACUGCCUUCUGAAGCAUCUGCCAUGGGUAUACUGUUCCUGAUCAUGCUUUGUGGACUUUAUGUGAUCCAUUGUGUAUGGGCAGCUGCAGAAGCAUACUCUGCACCCUCAAUUGUGCUGACAUCACGUUCACACGACGGGCUGCAUGUUUAUGACGAUUUCCGUGAAUCUUAUGCAUGGCUGCGCCAUAACACAGAAGUGGACGAUAAGGUUGCGUCAUGGUGGGAUUAUGGUUAUCAGACAACUGCAAUGGCCAACAGGACCGUGAUUGUAGACAAUAAUACCUGGAAUAACACGCACAUAGCGACAGUUGGGACAGCAAUGUCAUCCCCAGAAAAAGGAGCAUGGGAGAUCUUCAAUUCCUUAGAUGUUAAAUAUGUGCUUGUGGUCUUUGGAGGGCUUAUUGGCUACCCAAGUGAUGAUAUUAAUAAGUUCCUCUGGAUGGUUCGAAUCGGAGGUGGUGAAUUCCCUCACAUCAAGGAACAGGAUUACCUUAGGGAUGGCAACUACCGUGUUGAUGCUCAGGGCACUCCAACAAUGCUGAAUUGCCUCAUGUACAAGCUUUGUUAUUACAGAUUCGCUGAGACUGAUGGCAAGGGGUUUGACAGAGCGAGAAGAUAUGAAAUAGGAAGGAAGCAUUUUAAACUGACCCAUUUUGAGGAGGUUUUUACAACCCAGCACUGGAUGGUUAGGAUUUACAAACUGAAACCGCAAAAGAACAGGGUCCGAGGAAAGUUGAAACUGAAAUUGAAAUCUAGUUCGAAAACAAGUUUAAUGCGCAAAGGGGCUGGAAAGAAGAACCCAUGGCAGUAGUUGAAUAGAGAACACAUGCCCGCUAUUACCCUUAAAGAACACAAACUCACUAUUUGGCUUGCCCAAAGUUCCCGAGCUCGGGAAAAUUACACGCUAACGAGAAGAACUUGGUUAGAGAUAUCCACAUUUUUUGUAUACUUUGCCGCGCGUCACAUUUCUCUCUCUCUUGCACCUCCAGUGUGGUUCUGUGGUGCAAGGAGAGGAAAGCGUCACCCGGAUGCAGGAGAUUCCAUUUCCCAUAUAGCAAUUGAGUGAGAACUGUGUGAACAGCAGAAAUUUUGAAUUAUGUCAAGGAGUGAACAGCUUGCUGCGUGCUGUAUACAACGUUGCACCUC